AUGCGUCGAAUGACGAGUAUAUACGAGCGGACAAGCCAGUCGCGAGAGGACAACCAGAAGCGCAGACACCGAUUAGCCGCCGAGAACAUGUCAUCAAAUUGGGCUGGUUUGGCUCUGGGACCCUGGAUAUUCGAUCAGUUUUUGCGAAACAUCAACCACCCCCUACGACUCGGUCGAGUGUUAAAAAUGGACAAGAGCAUUGGCACCGCGUACACGCAUCUGGUAGACAACCAGAGCUAUGAAAUCAUCCCCUCUUUUGAGCUAGAGUGCGGCCGCGUCUUACGAGACGUGCCAGUAGCAUAUAAAACUUUUGGAAAACUCAAUCCGGAAGGGGAUAAUGUGAUGAUAAUAUGCCACGCUUUUACCGGGAGCGCAGACGUCGAAGACUGGUGGGGCCCAUUAGUUGGCCACGGCAAGGCUUUCGACCCUCAUCGUUUCUUUAUUUUCUGCGGAAAUGUACUCGGUUCGCCAUAUGGCUCUGCAUCUCCGCUCACCAUUGAUCCUGAAACCGGAGAGCCAUACGGCCCAGAAUUCCCCAUUACUACUAUUCGCGAUGAUGUUAGAAUCCACAAACUUGUGCUCGAUAAGUUAGGCGUUCGCUCUGUCGCGGUCGUCGUCGGCGGCAGCAUGGGAGGAAUGGCUGUACUAGAAUGGCCCCUCUGCACGCCUCCCGGUUUUGUCCGCAAUAUAAUCCCCAUCGCCACGUCGGCUCGACAUAGUGCUUGGUGCAUCUCAUGGGGCGAAGCCCAAAGGCAGAGUAUCUAUUCCGAUCCGCUAUAUGCGGACGGUUAUUACGCCGAACGUGGCCAGAAACCUACAAAUGGACUCGCGGCAGCACGCAUGGCAGCUCUCUUGACGUACCGUUCACGAGACUCGUUCGAAGGCCGUUUCGGCCGUCGACCGCAAUUAUCCAGAGCCAAGGAUGGCGCAAUCGAUCGGAAUUUAACGCCCCCAAGAACACCGGCCGAUGAGGCCCUUGCUUAUCACAAUGAUGGAAACAGGUCAGCAUCACGAAUCAAAGCGCGUUCGACCGAAAGCGUUUUGAACGCGUCUUAUCUCCGAUAUCAGGGCGACAAGUUCAACAAUCGUUUUGACGCAAACUGUUAUAUUCAUAUCACUCGCAAGCUGGACACGCACGAUGUAGGACGAGACCGGGGCAAAGAUGACGAGUCAGACAACGCUGCCCUGAUCAAUGCGCUUUCACAACUUCCCCGUGGUGCAUUGGUCAUCGGUAUUGAGAGCGAUGGCUUGUUCAUGCCUAGUGAGCAACGGGAGAUUGCUACACAUAUCCCAGAAGCUCGGCUUGUUCUUAUCCCAAGCAUAGAUGGUCACGAUGGCUUCCUCCUUGAGUUUGAGGUAAUCAACAAGUACAUCGUGGAGUUUUUAGAGGAAAAAUUGCCGAAUAUUUAUGAAGGAGAAGUCACGUCAUCAGCAGAGGGAGUUGGCGAAUUUGGCGUUAAGAAAACUAGCACAUUUGGAGAAGCUGAAGCUGAUGUAGAUGUCACAAGAUGGUAA